GCUCUGGUAGCUAGCUAUGAGGAAUGGUCUAGAAAAGAAAAACUAUUCUGGCUGCUAGUUUCAACCAUUGUAGUAUCCAAAUUGAUAGUGUCGCACGAUCUAUUUGCCAUGUAAAUCCAAUAGACACUAAAGACAACCCUGAAGAUUAGAAAAUUUCGCUGAUGACACAUGGUGCGGACCCCCAAGAUGAGUUGCAAAGAUCCACCGGCAGCCGAGCCAAACCGAAGGGCAACCGCAGCAUCUGUUUGGGCCGAAUAAAUAGUUUGUUUUCUCUCUUACUGCCCCGGUUACUUCGCUAAGGAGAAACGUGGUGAAGAAAUAAGGCGAGAUGUUUCAGCUUCCUGUGAACAACCUUACCCGGCUAAGAAAAGCUAGGAAAAAGGUUAAGAGGCUGUUAAGUGACAUCGGCCUGGACUACUGCAAGGAACAUGUAGAGGAUUACAAAGAGUUUGGCCCUGAUGAGUUCUAUACAAAACAUUUUUACCUUGAUGUAUGUUUAUGGGAUCCAUCCUGGACAAAGUCACAGGACUACAGAACAAAGCAGUUUUGCUGCUCCGACUGCCCCUUUGCCUCCAAGUACUUCUCAGCGUACAAGAACCACUUUCGCAAUGUACACAGAGAGGAUUUUGAGAAUCGCAUCCUGCUCAACUGUUCCUAUUGUAUGUAUAGUGGGAACAAGAGGACAUUGGAGACCCAUGUCAGGCUCUUCCACAUGCCACACAACGUGGUGCGACAGGGCAUCGCUAGCCCUCACGGAGCCCCGGUGGGUGUUCGAGAUGGUAUACGCAUAGAAAAGCCUAUGCUGAAUGACAGGAAAGAGCUGCCAGUAUACUACUGCAAGAAGUGCACCUAUCGGGACAGACUGUACAACGUAGUGCGCAGGCAUAUCUACAGGGAACACUUCCAGCAUGUGGCCACACCUUAUGUAGCUAAAAACUCAGAGAAGCAGGAAAACAGUGAUGCAGCCCCGGUCAAUAGUCAUGGCAUCCACUGUAAGAGCUGUCUCUUUGUCCCGCGCUCAUAUGAGGCACUUGUGCAACAUGUCAUUGAGUUCCAUGAACGUAUUGGCCAUCAAGUGACUGCCAUGAUUGGCCACACCAAUGUUAUAGUUGCCAGAUCACAAGCCAACAUAAUUCAGAGGGGUGCCACAAUCACCCCUGGCAUACCUUCUCCCAUGGCUCAACCAGUGAACCGCUUUAACAUGCCCAAAGUGAUGGGGUUGCCUGUGGGGAACCAUUUUAAGCAGGGUGUCACAGGAAACUGUAUAUCUGGCCAGCCAGUACGCAUUACACUACCUGACAAAGCUCUGAUGUCUGGCUCUGGCUCCCAGUCACAUACAGGAAAACACCUGGGUGGCUUUGGUGUGACAGCUUCUCAUGGUAAUGCCUCUUUCUCUCCAUCAAUGAAGUCCCUACCUCUCUCUUCAGUGCAUACUGCUACUGCCACGUUGACCUCACUGCAGGCUAAGAAGGCUUCAGCCAAUGCCCUGAACACCUCACAAACGCAGAAGUGGAAGAUUUGCACCAUCUGCAAUGAACUGUUCCCUGAAAAUUCAUAUAGUGCUCACUUUGAAAAGGAACACCAGGCAGAAAAGGUGCGCGCUAUGGCAAAGUACAUAAUGAAGAUCCACAAUUUCACAAGCAAGUGUCUGUAUUGUAACCGCUACCUGCCGAGUGACUCCCUUCUAAACCACAUGCUGGUACAUGGACUGACUUGUCCACAGUGUCAUUCCACAUUUUAUGAGGUUGAAAAAAUUGUAUCACACAAGCGACAAGCCCACCCAAAUGAGCCAGGGGACCCACCCACUGGCUCCCCACUGACCUUUGAUCUCACGCUUCAGCAAGGUAGUCCUAAGAAUGUGCAGCUUAUAGUUACCACCUAUAACAUGAAAGAAACACCUGAGUCAUCAUCCACAUCUGCACAGCCACCCAACAGUGCAGUAGCCAGGCCUACAACAAUGCCAGGAAAAGUGCUGGAAAAAAACAUUGAAUCUCAGAUGAGGAAUGCAUCCCAGAAUGCACUACCUCAGAAGAAGGAAGUAGGAAAGACCCUUUGCCCACUCUGCUUCACCAUCCUUAAGGGCCCCAUCUCCGACGCGUUGGCACAUCACCUCAGAGACCGGCACCAGGUCCUUCAGACUCUGCACCCAGUGGAGAAAAAGCUCACCUACAAGUGCAUCCACUGUCUGGGUGUGUACACCAGUAACAUGACUGCUUCCACGAUCACACUUCACCUGGUGCACUGCCGAGGGGUGGGGCAAUCUCCUAAGGGUCACUGCAGUAAGUCCAUCUCGACUUCACUGCAUUCAGCAGGAACGGGCGCUCUCAAGCGAGAGCUGGUAGCCCCAGAUGCAUCUGACCCUAAGAGAAGGAAGAUGGUAGACCAAAGCAGAUAUUAUCCCACAGUGUUUGUGGAGAAGCCAGAAGAGCCUGUUGUCCUUGUCUUGGACCCCAAAGGCCAUGCUGACGAGUCUUAUGAGGAGAGGAAGGCUUUCCUCACAGCCUAUUUCAACCAGCGCCCCUAUCCGUCGCAACGGGAGGUAGAGAAACUUGCUGCAAGCCUCUGGCUGUGGAAGUCCGAUGUCUCGAGUCAUUUUGCCAACCGGCGGCGGUCAUGUGAACGGGAUUUUGUUACUCGCAAACCAGUAGUGUUACUAGGCUUUAACAUGCAAGCAGUGAACAAGUUCAAGCAUGACAUGAACUUUGACCCGGAGUGGCUGUUCAUUGUCAACAAUGAGGAGAAAAGUGGAAUCUCAAGAACCUCAAAAAUGAAGCUGAAGGCUCCUGUUGGUUUUUCUGCUGAGGAGGACACCAAAGCUCUCCAAUUUAGGAGCAUGAGACAGGCUCUAAACACUGGAUAUAGUAGUCAAAGCAACUGUGCCUUCAAACCAAGCCCUGGGACUUCUUCGGAUCCCAUUGCUAUUGAUUCCGAUAGUGAAUCGGACCAGGAUGUGGUGUUCAUCGAUAACAUGAAACACAAAACUCAACAAGCAGCUACAUUUCGGCCUUCAGUGGUUCAGACAAAAGGGACCAUGCUAAGGGAGAGCUUCCUGUAUGAGCAGGGUGGGAGCGCCAGAGCAGCAGCAAAGAGUCUGGAUGUGUCUGUAUGUGGCUCCAGUCCUGAAGAAGCAACAUGGUCAGGCAGCAUGUCCCCUGACGAGAGCCACUACAGACCAGCUGGACGGUUUGAGGAGAAAGGGAAAGAGGUGGGGUUGCUGGGUAGAUGAUGGCAUGUGGUCAGUCUUCCAACCCCAGUAUGUAAAAUCCAUUGAGUCUUAGAUCAGACCCCUUACCUCAAACUGAUUUCAAACGUGAUGAGACUGAAACCAUACAAAACCGAACAGUGGUACAAGCUCAGUGAUGGAACUGUUUACUGUCAAGUUGUCUGCUUUGAAUAAGCAGAACGAAAAAACCCACAUACUGUAUGAUUUGUCUUCACCCAUAAGAUCGUUGGUGACUUUUUUUUGUUUUUUGUUUUUUACUACACUGCCCUCUGUAUUUAAUCACACACAUUUGAUGGAAUUGUAACAAAACUGAUAGAAGGUCUGUUUCUUUUUCUCUCUGAUCAAAUAAAAUUGACAUUGUAAUUCA